UAAACCUUAGAGAAAACCUGCAGUUCUUAAAGGAAUUCCCCUCGGCUCGUGCACAUCAAAAUGGACAGUUGAUUACCUGAGUACGACUGGAGGAAGGCAGGAGGUCAAGGUUCAUGUUGCAUCAGUACCACAGAUGGAUUUUAUCAACAAAAAUUUUAGCUACAGAACUUUACCAUUUGAUGUUUUUGUGAAGCGAGCAGCGGAGUCAGUCCACACAGAAUAUUUCAUAUCUAAGGAUGAAAAAUAUUAUUUAAGAUCAUUAGGAGUAGACCCACGGAAGGAUGUAGCAGAUAUCAGAAAACAAUUCCCAUCUCUGGCUGAGGACAUCAAUAUCCCGGAGUUUUUUGAGAAGGAUCAGUUUUUCUCCAGUGUUUUUCGAAUCAGCUCACCGGGCCUGCAGCUCUGGACUCAUUAUGAUGUUAUGGAUAACCUUUUGAUCCAAAUAACAGGCAGGAAGCGAGUGAUACUCUUCAGUCCUCAGGAUGCACCUUAUUUGUACCUAACAGGGGAUAAGUCUGAGGUCUUGGAUGUGGACAAUCCUGAUCUAAGAAAAUAUCCACAAUUUGCCAAAGCUCAGUGCUAUGAAUGUCAAUUAGAUCCAGGAGAUGUGCUUUUCAUUCCAGCACUGUGGUUUCAUAACACUAUUGCGAAAGAGUUUGGAGUGGGAGUGAAUGUAUUUUGGAAACACCUUCCUGUAAACUGCUAUGAUAAAACAGACACCUAUGGAAACAAGGACCCUGUGGCAGCCUCAAGAGCUAUGCAGAUUUUAGACCGAGCCUUAAAAACACUGGAAGAGCUUCCUGAUGAAUACAGAGACUUCUAUGCAAGGCGAAUGGUUUUACGAAUUCAAAGUAUAGAAAAUAAGCAGUUUUAAAACAUUGAUGGUGAACCUGGCUUGCUCUUUAGUAAUGUCCAAAAGAGAUGUUUCUAAAAGGUGAGAAUUCUUUCUGUAAAAUGAACUUGUAAUUUAUGCAUAAGACAUAAUGAGACAGUAAACUGUCAUACCUAACAUUAAAGGAAGAUGGUUGCAAUUAUUGUGACCAAUCACUUCCUCUGUUAGUUUUCCUUUAGUGGCUGGCAAUAGAAGGUGAAAUCAUGUAAACCUCACCUGGAUCCAUUUUAUCUAUUCAGCCAGAGCCAAUUGUUCCCCUGCAGUGUCUUCUUGCCUAACUUUUAUGCUACUAUCUCUGGCAUACCCCAAGCAUCUGUGCACGGUGUUUCCUACCUGUGACCAUUGUAUAUGCCAUACUUCAAUUGCAUUGUCUGCAAACAGAUUCCGCAUUGAUGACACACAACUUUACCUCUGUCUUGACCCUGCCUGGUCCCCCUCAUGUAUAUGUUUUAGCCCAUUUAUCCGAUUUCCAUGAAUAGACAACUUGUCCUGUUAAACGUGGGAGAGAGGAGCAACUUGGAUCCUCACCACAAACUCUUCACUCUUAGGUCGAAAUUCCAGCACUAUAUUCUCUUUAUUGCAAAGAAAACCUACUUUCUUCCAUAACAUCCAACUCCAUCCCACUCUCGAACUGAUGUUAAAAUCCAAUCAGGGGUUCAUCCUUUCCUCAUCCCUACAAUAUUUAUAAUACUACUAUUUAUAACUCUACUUUCCUGUUAUUGUGGCCUCUUACAAACAGACAUGUCCAUUUGCAUCACUGCCCACUGUGCAUUCAGUUCUCUGUACUGACAGCAAUGCAUUUUUCUCCCUAAACUUCUCUGUCCCCCUCUCCUUUAAGAUGCUUACCAAAACUCAUUUUGUAAUUUUUGGUCAUCUGUUCUCUACUCUCCCCUUUGACUUGAUGUCAGUUUAUUGCUGAUUCUGCUUUCAUGAAGUUUCUCAGGAUAUUUUACCAUGUUAAAAUUCUUGUAAAAAUAUAUAAUUUUUAAGUGGCUGCUAACAAUGUAAUUGAAAAACUAAUGACAGUUUAAAUCUGGUAGCUUCAUCUGGUUGUUGACAGAGAAUGAAACAUACAGAUGUACAAUAUCUGUUUUCCUCACAUGUAAUAUGUAAUGUAAAUAUAGAACACUUGCAAAGAAGGAUAAUAUAAAUCAGGGAUGUAGGCAAUCUGGUCCACAAAAUCUGGAUAACUUAGUCCUACUUUACAGUUAAAAUACACAGUUAGUCAUUUGUUAUUUUUGAAUGUUACACGCUUGAAAAUUUGGAUUGCGUGGUUCUUAACAGUAUUGCUUCUUUCUGGAUCAUUUCCAAAUUUGAAUACCUGUCCGUUGGGGUUAGGCAUUUCAAAGCCCACUGAAUAAAACAGAACAUAGAUGUAGGUUGGCAUUUGACUCAAAAGCUUCAAGGGUUGCAGCUAAUCAACACUUCUCAUAAAGACAAUCCUUCAACAAAAUAAACUUUUUGAAUUUUUAAACCAAAAAGAAUCAUGGACCAAGUAUAUUGGGGAUGCUUGGGUCAGAACACAAUUUGUAUCCGAUGCCUUGGACAGAAAGUGCCUUUAUUGCCAAUGAUCAAUAUAUUUGUAUGUCAAAGGCUUUUGUACCCUUGACAGUAUCUCUCAAUUAAAUAAUUCCAAAAGCGAGCUUUUUGAGUUUUAAAAUAAAGGUUAUUUAUUCUCUUCCACUUACCUUGAAAAUAAGGCAACAUUUCACUCACUCAUCUCUCUCACGUAUAUUCUUACAGAAAGAUUAGAUAUGCAUCAAGGUAAUAUACUGUAACAGUUAU